AUGUCUAAAUUAAGAGCAGAAAUAACAUGGAAUCAUCAUCGAAAGUCAGAUUUUACUGAAUUACCUCCAACUUUUCAUGAAGUAAAUGUGCAAGAUCUAACUAAACUUGAAGAGCCUGGGGAAUCUAAAAAUACAAGUGAUGAUUUUGCCUCUAUUGAAGAAUUGGACAAAGAAGAAAUAAAAAUGAUGGAUACGGAAGAUAAGGAUGAAAAAAUUUUAUCAGUUCAUGAUGUUGUUCACCCAGCAGUCGACUCUAAUGCUAAAUGGGAUUUGAUUACACUUUUUAACGAAAUAGAAUUGCCAUAA